AAACAGAGCAAACAGUCAACCAAUAUCGAAAAAAUAAAAACAUUUAGCUACCUCAGGCCGUGGUAGAAAAAUACAUAUAUAUAUAUAUACAUAUAUAGUUAACGGCUCCAAUUCUGAACCACCUGAUAUGUAGGAGGAGGAGUUGUGAAUCAAUUGAUUGCCCCAAUACAACGCAUCGACCACGCCCUCAAUCGAAGUAGCAAAGAGCUACGAGAAUACCCCGGGGAGACAUAUAAUACUCCGCGACUUAUAUAUAUAGCCGUUCCAGUUGUGCGCCGCGCGGACCAUAUUUUCCAUCUCAUCUUUCGCUCUCCUUCAGGUUUUAUUACUUUAUUUUUCACUGGUAUAUUCUGUAUCUUCGAAGAAGGCGGAGUGAGAGCAGCAGGGGAGUUGUCGUUUUGCGCCGCUUCUUUUUCGUCUUCUUCUCCUUUUCAGUUUUAUAAGUCGGGAUGGAUAAAAUCGCGCAAACUCCGUUCGUACGGGAGUUAGCUUCCAGUGAUAAACGAACCCGUGACAAGGCCCUUGAAUCCCUAACCCGCUUCAUUCAAAGCCGGAUAGGCCUGCAACUUGUCGAGCUAUUGAAGAUAUGGAAGGGGUUAUUUUACUGCUUCUACCACUCCGACCGCCCUCUCACCCAACAAUCCCUCUCCCGCUCCCUUUCCUACGCCCUCGUCCCCUCUCUCCCUGAACAAACCCUCCAACCAUUCUUGCGCGCAUUCUGGAUAACCAUGUCGCGUGACUUCCACUCGCUGGAUAGACUGCGGCUGGAUAAAUAUCUCUAUCUGAUACGGUGUUAUGUGGGUGUUGCGUUUGAUGUGUUUUUGAAGAAGGGGCUGGCGGGGGUAGAGGGGGAAGCGAAGGAGGGGCAGGGGAACGGGAAAGGGAACGGGACAGGGAAAGAGAAGAGCGCUGGCAAGAAGAAAGGGAGUCUAGGGAAGCGAAAGAGGGGUGGGGAGGUGGAUGAAAAUGGGGAGGCGGAUGCUGAGUCGGGUGACUCGGGGGUCUGGAAGGAGCUAGGGAUAUACCUUGAUAUGCUGGAGGAGGGCCCGCUGUGUCCUAUUAAUUUUGACCCGGCUGGUGACGAUGGCGCCGAGGACCCUGCUGUGCGAAUGCAUAAGGGUCCCGAUGGGCUUCGGUAUCAUUUAUUGGAUAUUUGGCUGGAUGAGAUUGAGAAGGUUGCUGUUGUUGAGGUUGAGGGGGACACUGAGGAGGAUGGCAAUGAUGAUGAUGAUGCUGAGGGGCGGGAUAAUGAUGGUACGAAGGAGAAGAAGACGAAGAAGCGGUUGAAACAGGGGGUGCCGAUGGAGUUACUUCUUCGUCCGAUUGUUGGGCUUCAGCGGAAGAGCAUUUCGAAGCUGGUUAGAAAGCGGGCUGGGGAGGUAUUAGAUGAUGAGAGGUUGGUGGAGUGGGGGGUGAGGGAGAAGAAGGAUGACGAUGACGACGACGACGACGACAACGAUGAGGAAGAAUGGGGAGGCAUUGAUGGGUGAUUUUUUUUUUUUUUUUUUCCCUUUCUAUUAUUCUGAAUCAUUCAUUUGCCGGUGUUUAUUUGGCCUUGUUCUUUAGAACUUUUGUGGUGUUAAAUGUGACUAGGUAACCCCCUUUGCCAUGAUAGAAGGGGUUAGUUAGUUAUUUCACAUUUCCUAUCUGUAUCCACUACCCAGCCCCUUGAAUGAGCAUGUAUGGAUGUUCUAGUCAUGUAAAGAAUAUAUACAUAGAAGAGCAUUAGAUACAUGCGAGAACAAGAGCACUAGCCCAUGUCUUUCAACUAAUGUAGUUUGGGCAGAUAGAUUCCUCGCCCGGUUCCCCGGGGAGGGUAGGGGUGUGUGAAAUGCCAUCUCGAAGAAAAGGAAAAAUCGCGCUGCGAAAAAAGGGAAAAGAAGUGUACCACCACACUCAAUAAACCUAUUGAGAAACGAAUCCUACCAUCCCGUACAAUUCACUCUUCAUGAAAAAAGAAUUUGAAAAAAAGCCUGUGCUUAUCGCUAGGUGUUUAUCCACAGCUAAGAGAAAAAAGAAAUGCAAAGAAUGGGACGCAGUGUACAGAAUGCUUAUAUAAAUAAAAUGGAAAUUGGAAAAGAAUGAGAAGGAGAAGGAGAAGGAAGGACGGAACGAUCCUGUUUCUAAAAGGGGUGUUUGGCUGAGGGAUUGGUGGAGUGAAUAAGGGUAACUUUGGUGACAUCGGUGAGAAGAAGGGAAGUGAAGUAGCCAAGGAGGAAAAAUAUUAGGAAAAAAGGAAUGGAUGUUUUAUCACAACAAAAGACCAUAUAGAAAACUCAAACCCAUAGUCUAAUGCAUCGCAUUGGGGGA